UGCUUCUAAAGGUGUGCUGAGUUCAGACCGAGGACGUUCCUUUCAGAACUUUGUAACGGCAAACAUCAAGAACAACGAGACAGCGGUAGAGAACUGUUUCAUGCCGCCAUAUGUUGUGAUCAUGGACAUCGAUCGAGACCUUAUGAUCCCGCGCUCAGGAUGGACAAAAAUCACGGAGAGAAUGAAUACACAAGUGGAGGACCAGGCAAACUUGGGCAGUGAUCACGGAUUGACCGUAGUUAUCGGUCCAUUCUAUACUAACAUGGCCAUGAUCCUCCAGAUAGUCGGAAUUCCCUAUGUCGUCACGGAUUACAAGGGAUUUGAUUGGGUAGACAGCAAUCGCGUGACGGACUCCGUCCAAUGGCAUUCCGUGGUGGAAAUGAGGCCUGCUGCGUCAGAGAUUAACUUGGCCAUCGUUGAUCUGUGUAGAGCACAGAACUGGACUAGUGUCGUUGUCGUUUUGCCGGAUAAUCCAAGGGAGAACCAGGAAUGCAAGGAUCUGGUAAAUCAGAUGAUCCAGAGCCAUAUUUCUCCGAUACCAUACGCUGUCAGUCUGGGAGACAGAAGCAGAACAAGCAUGCAGACGAGAGACGUCCUCAGAAACGCCCAGAUGUUAGAACAGCGCGUGGUACUCACGUGCAGUCCACGGGACGAAAAGGACAAACUCAUAGAAACAGUCUUAAAUGAGGCCAUGUCUUUCGGUCUUCUGGAAGAUGAGUAUAACGUGUUUAUCUUACUAGAUACGUCGAUGUACCUUGAGCCACUCAAAGAAAUGAACAUGUACAGGAAGGGGCUGUACGCCGUCAGGUGUCGCCUGUUGGCCUUUCGGUACACGUUUAACAGCGUCAACUUGACAAGCAGUCAGGAGGCCACAGCGACCGACGCAGCCGAGCUCGUCAGUAGAGCCCAAACACGCUACCUCGAAAUGACUGAUGGUUACUUCGACCCAGUCUUCUCUAAGACGCGCUUUCUGGAGGCGAUUCGACAGGUGACCUUCGACUCCCCUUUGACAGGUCACGUGCAAUUUGACAACGAAGGAAAACGAGUGAAUUACACGUUACGGCUUAUCAAUCAUGGGGGUAUGGGCCUUUUUCAGCAGGUUGGACAAUGGAAUCCUAACGGCUCAAAUGUCCAGGAGCGUCUUCGAUUGAGCAGAUCGAGUCUAGACGGUGACCAGGGUCAGGGCAGCAUUUUCGACGAUGUCCUUAAAGUCGUUGUUGUUAUCGAAGAGCCCUUCGUGAUUCGUAAGGAAGGUAGGAAUGGACGUAGCUACGAAGGCAACGAUCGCUACGAAGGGUUUACGAUCGACAUUCUCCGGGAACUGGCAAAAGUUCUUCAGUUGAAGUACGAAAUAUAUGAGAGUCCAAAUAACGUUUACGGCUCAGAGAAUGCUAACGGUUCAUGGAACGGAAUGGUGGAGGAGGUACUGUCGGGGAGGGCGAACAUAGGAAUGGGUGCCAUUUCCAUCACGUCGUCCCGGGAGAAGGUCAUUGAUUUCAGUCUUGGUGUAAUCAGCACAGGUGUCAACAUGCUGAUCAAAAAACCAAAGGAGGCAAAAACAAUCUUCCAGUUUAUGGAGCCAUUUUCUCUUCAUCUCUGGUUAGCCAUUGUUGGCGCCUCCUUCGUCGUGUCUGUCAUUUUGUUUAUACUUGAUUAUACCAGCGUCGAGCGGCAGUUUACGGUCAAAGAAACCUUGUGGUUUUCAAUAGGCACACUCCUCAUGCGCGGAACGGACUUCUCGCCACGUCCUACGUCACAAAGAAUCGUCACGGCUGGGUUUACUUUCUUCGUUCUCAUCACGGUUAGUACAUACACUGCAAACAUGGCGGCUUUUCUUACAACGACAAACCUGGAACAGCCUGUGACGUCAUUGGAACAGCUGGCGGAGAGGAGCGACAUUGAAUGUGGCACCAUUGAUAAAUCUGCGACGAUGAAAUUCCUGCAGGAUGGAAGUAAGCCAGUAUAUAAAGAAAUCUGGGAGAAGAUUCGCGAAUCUGAAUACGGAUUGGUGGAAAAUUCGUCAGUAGGAAGACAAAGAGUUGAACAAGGACAUUAUGCUUUCAUAUUCGAUUAUCUCAUCAACCUUUAUUCGGAGAAAAACUAUUGUGAAACUAAAAUGGUUGGCAUACCCGUCCGACUACAGGAGCAUGGGAUCGUCUUGCCUGCCGGUGCUUCAUUUAAAACAAAAAUCAAUAUCGGACUGUUACAACUCAGGGAGAGAAAUUUCAUUCGAGAUAUGCAGAAAAAGUGGUGGGAUAAUAAGCGUAAAUGUAACAUGGGAACAUCAGGGCGAUCGUCUACACAAGUGGAGUUUUCCAUUAGCCAUAUGGCAGGCGUUUUCAUCGUAGGGGGUUUUGGUAUGGCUUGUUCUGUGGCCUUUUUCCUCUUCAAGAAGUUUUAUGUGCUUGCCAGAAAUGAUGAGAAAGAAAGAGUGCCAGAAAGUGUUUUAUUGGACAGCACACAUAAGUUACCGGGGGACAUGUUAUGAAAUGUUCAACACAGGAGAGGAAAAUUUAUUCUGUGAUCUGAUAGAAAUGACUAAAUUGUUAGUUAAACUAUGGUGUGACCGACAUGAGCAAAGAAUAUUAAGAAUUGAUUGAAAUUCAAUACACUGGUUAGUGCUGUUCGAGAAAUUUGUGAUUUCCUAAGUCAGGCACGCUUGAGAUCACGCCGUUAGACCUUUGGCGACAUUUUGCUAAGAAAAAGCACAGAUUUAAAAGGAAAUUCGGCAUAUUUUGUUUGGUCUGACGGAGAUAUGACCACUGUGCCAAACAGUGUCUAACACCUGACAUAUCUGGUAGAAAAUAAACCAUAUAUACUGUGUAUGAAAGGUCCGUUCCGGUGUGGUCAACCUUAAAACGUUUCACACACUUUGGUUACCAUUCGAUCUUAAUCUCGACAAGUAAUUGCUAACAAUCCUUUAUGUCGGUCAGUCAAAAUUCCGGAUAAACCACAUCCGUGUGCUGUUUCUUGAGCUUAUUCGCCCCUUCAUAUAUAUAUAAAGUUUCAUGACAACUAACAUCUUUGUUACACUCACGGGUUAGUGUAUCAUUAAACGCACAGUACGUAGCCCUGUUACACCUUAGAAAUCUGGAUUCAACACAGACCUUUUGUAAAAUAUAAAAAAAGAGUUAAGGAUGAAUCUAUUUCGUAUUCUGGUACACUGUCAAAUAUAUACAUAAAUAUGCUCUUAACAUUUUAAACAAUAAUUUUCUUAAGAAUGUUGAAAUAGUGAGAGACUAGGAUUCGGUCGUCCUGUGAACUUUUAACAUUAAAAAUCAAAGAGUAUUUAUUGUAUCUAUGAUGUACUACUUUGUCAAACUACGAGAGGUCUGUGUACCUUUGAUGAACUCCAUUGUCAGACUACGUGAGGUAUAUUAUCUAUGAUGUACUACAUUGUUAGACUACGAGAGGUGUGUAUAUCUACGAUGUACUACAUUGUCAGACUACGAGAGGUGUGUGUAUCUUUGAUGGACUACAUUGUCAGACUACGAGAGGUGUGUAUAUAUAUGAUUACUACAUUGUCAGACUACGACAGAUGUGUGUAUCUAUGAUGUACUACAUUGUCAGACUACGAGAGGUGUGUAUAUAUAUGAUUACUACAUUGUCAGACUACGAGAGAUGUGUGUAUCUAUGAUGUACUACAUUGUCAGACUACGAGAGGUGUGUGUAUAUAUGAUGUACUACAUUGUCAGACUACGAGAGGUGUGUGUAUCUAUGAUGUACUACAUUGUCAGACUACGAGAGGUGUGUGUAUCUAUGCUGUACUACAUUGUCAGACUACGAGAGGUAUAUUAUCUAUGAUGUACUACAUUGUCAGACUACGAGAGGUGUGUAUAUCUAUGAUGUACUACAUUGUCAGACUACGAGAGGUGAGUGUAUCUAUGAUGUACUACAUUGUCAGACUACGAGAGGUGUGUGUAUCUAUGAUGUACUACAUUGUCAGACUACGAGAGGUGUGUAUAUCUAUGAUGUACUACAUUGUCAGACUACGAGAGAUGAUUGUAUAUAUGAUGUACUACAUUGUCAGAUUAGGAGAGGUGUGUGUAUCUAUGAUGUACUACAUUGUCAGACUACGAGAGGUGUGUGUAUCUAUGAUGUACAACAUUGUCAGACUACGAGAGGUCUGUGUAUCUAUGAUGUAUUACAUUGUCAGACUACGAGAGGUCUGUGUAUAUCUAUGAUGUACUACAUUGUCACACUACGAGAGGUGUGUGUAUCUAUGAUGUACUACAUUGUCAGACAACGAGAGGUGUGUGUAUCUAUGAUGUACAACAUUGUCAGACAA